AUGUCGAGAACGAUUUCAAACGCCUUCAACAACGCAAACCUGCCAGUCUUCAACGUGGGUCCACGGGGAAGUUUCCGAGUCACCCGUAACAAAGCCGAAUCUUUGAUAGGUACUACCAAAGAGAUAACUACCGAACGCUAUGAAGCUCCGCCGUCAUACUCCAUCCAGGUCGAGCCAUAUUACGUCCAAGCACUGCGUGGGCCACCCAAAGCCCAGCCUUCACCAUGCAGAACGCAACAGCUACAGCGCUACGUGCUCGAGAUUAUCUCAAUCACAUUCAACGCCAAUUUCGACAAGUUCAACGCCGCAUUACACAAAAGAACCAUGACUACCAGGACAUCCUCUAUACUCUCCGACCAAGAGCGCGAGGAUCUGUACAAACUGUCAGUCCUCGUCCGCAAGGUGGACAAACAAUUCAGCGACCGAAAAAUCAGCACUGUAAACGAGGAAGACGAAAGCACACUUCGCAAAGCCAUCUUCAUACCCACAGUGGACAUCACCGGCGGUGCAUGA